UUCCUUAGAGCACCGCCACGGGAGUCCUCAUCGCUAUCCCUAUUAUACCUCUCAUUUUCGGGUGCUAUUUUAGGUUAGCACCCCACCUUCCCACCAGUGGUUUCUAUUUUGGGUUUAGGGACUUCAAAAACAUAUCGAUUUUCCACCGUGCGUUGCUAAAAGUGACUCUAUACUUUUUAUCGGAGGUAGUGCAAGCGUAUAACAAUGAACGCAUCAAAAACAAUAAUUGAAAGUAAUUUCCAAGAGGCAAUAGAUGCUGUGGUUUUGAGUGAUGAUGAAGAUUUUGAAGUAGUGCAUCAGUACUUUAAUUACUCUCAAGAACUAUUGUUAAAAGCUGCGACAGAGUACGAAACAAAUCACGCUGGAGGAUCUCGACCCGGCAAAAAACCAAAUAUAAACAGAGGCGCCCAUGAAGGAGCUCAGCGAUUGUUUCAGGAUUAUUUCUCUGAAAGUCCAACUUACACCGAUUCGCAGUUUCGGCGGCGGUUUCGAAUGUCCCGAAACUUAUUCACAAAGAUUGUAGCAGACAUAGAAUCUGCAAACGUGUAUUUCGUGCAAAAGCCAGAUGCGACCGGUAAACUAGGGUUAACCAGCCUCCAGAAAUGCACAGCCGCAAUACGUCAGCUUGCAUAUGGUGUGCCUGCGGAUGCUGUCGAUGAAUACCUCAGAUUAGCGGAGACAACAGCGCUGAAAUGUCUUUCCGAAUUUUGUGAAACCAUUAUUCGUAUUUAUGGUUCCAAAUAUUUACGAUAUCCGACGUCUUCUGAUGUGCAGCGAUUGUUGCAUGUCGGAAAUAACCGUGGUUUUCCUGGAAUGCUGGGAUCGUUGGACUGCUGCCACUGGAUCUGGAAGAAUUGCCCUACAGGAUGGGCAGGCCAGUUUCGGGGGAAGGAGAAAAAACCAACCAUCGUACUUGAAGCAGUUGCAAGUUAUGAUCUUUGGAUUUGGCAUGCCUUUUUUGGAAUGCCAGGCUCGAAUAAUGAUGUAAAUGUUCUUGACCGCUCGCCGUUGUUCUCAGAGAUAUACAAUGGCAGAGCUCCCGUUUCCAACUAUACAGUUAAUGGACGACAAUACAGCACUGGAUACUAUCUUGCAGAUGGUAUUUACCCACCGCUGGCAACCUUAGUACAGACGAUUUCUUCUCCAAUUGGGUUAAAAAAGAAGAACUUCGCACAAAUGCAGGAAUCGGCCAGAAAGGACGUUGAGCGGGCCUUUGGUGUCUUGAUGGCAAGAUUCGCUAUCAUCAAAACUCCGGCUAGGCUCUGGAAUAAAGACGCUCUGGAAUCAAUCAUCAAAACAUGUGUAAUUCUCCAUAAUAUGAUCAUUGAGAAUGAGACGGAUGAUCCACUACUCUUGGAAGCGAACCAUGAAGCUAAUAACAACGAAAUAACAGCUGACAUCCAUCGAAUAGACGCAGAUAAUAAGGAGAAAUUUGAGUCGUUUUUAUCACGAUACAAAACCGUUCAUGAUACAAACCAGCAUUACCAAUUGAGGAAUGACCUAAUCGAGCAUUUAUGGGCAGUUAAGGGGGAAGAAGUUUAAGUAAAGGUUUUG